AUGUUGUUCCUAGUGCUUGUGGCGACGAUCAUGCUGGCUGCUUUGCCUACAUCUUCAGCGCAUGUCCAGGGGGCCAUUCGAAGUGGGGCGGUUCCUGCGCAUGGUGUGAACCUCGGUAGCUGGCUCGUACUCGAGUCGUGGAUGUCCAAGCAGUCGCCUGUUUGGGUCGGCGUACCCGACGCGGUGGCCGUUGGGGGUGAGCACCAAACGAUGGCGUUCUUAGGCCACGACAAAGCGGAUGGUCGCUUCAAGAUUCACCGCGACACGUUCAUCACUGCCGCCGACAUUGCCGAAAUUGCCGCGUUCGGCAUGAACGUGGUGCGCGUUCCAGUGGGCUGGUGGAUCAUGCCCGACUCGACCAACGACGACUGGAAACAUUACGCCCCCGGAGGACUCGCAUACUUGGACACGCUGAUCAAGGACUGGGCAGUUCGGUAUAAUGUGGCAGUGAUGGUGGACAUCCACGCCGCCCCGGGGUCUCAAAACGGUCGGGACCACAGCGCAGCCCCGACCUUGAAUGUAGCAAACUGGUCUCGAGACGACGGGAAUAUCGCACGGACGUUGAAGGUGGCGGAGUUUCUGGCCGCGCGGUACAAAGGCGACGAAGCCUUUUUGGGGCUGAGUCUCCUGAACGAGCCCGAAGGCAACCCCGCCGCCAACACGGGCGUCGACACAGCCAAAUUGCAUGCGUACUACACUACCGCGGUAUCGCGCAUUCGGCAAACCGGCAACGACUGUGUGCUCGUGGUGGCCCCGUUACUGACGGAGCAAUCGCCGACGGCGUCGGUGUGGCCGACAUUUUUGCGGCAGAAGAAUGUGUGGCACGAUUGGCACAAGUACCUCAAGUGGGGGCACGAAGGGCAACCGCUGACCCAAUUAAUCUCCCAAGGCACUGAAAACAUUGGCCGCGACAUUUCUCAGUGGACUGGCAACCCGCUCUUCAUUGGCGAGUGGAGCCUCGGCCACCCAGACUCGGCCAAAGUCGAGUUCCAAGACCAAGCCCAAGUCAAGCUCUACGCCGUCGCGUACCUCGAUGCGGUGAACAAAGCCAAGGGGGGGUGGGCAUUCUGGAGCUGGCGGGCCGACACGGGACUCCCGCUGGGCGAAGGCUGGAGCAUGCGCGAGUUGCUUCGCGGGGGUCACUUGAAGUUGCAACAGAAGGGUGAAUGCACCGUGUCCAUGAAAUCUCACGACUAA